AUGGGUGGAGUGGAGAAGAAAGGAAAGAAGCGUAACUUCACCGAGACUGUCGAAGUUCAGAUCACUUUGAAGAACUACGAUCCCGUCCGUGACAAGCGUUUCUCUGGAACUUUCAAGCUCCCCAGCGUUCCCCGUCCCAACCUCAAGUGCUGCAUGCUCGGAAACGCAGCCCAUUGUGAACAAGCCGACCGUAUCGGUAUUGACCACAUGAGUGUGGAGGAUUUGAAGAAGUUGAACAAAAACAAGAAGCUUGUCAAGAAGCUGGCCAAGCGUUAUGAUUUCUUCUUGGCAUCCGACAACAUGAUCAAGCAGAUUCCUCGUCUCCUUGGACCCGGUUUGACCAAGGCCGGAAAGUUCCCCACCUUGCUUGCCAGUGGAGAUGAUAUGCAGGAAAAGAUUGACGAGGUCAAGUCCACCAUCAAGUUCCAGAUGAAGAAGGUCAUGUGUUUGAACGUUGCUGUCGGCAACGUGACAAUGGAUGCCAAGCAGAUCAGUGCCAACGCCCAGCUUGCUUCGAAUUUCUUGGCUUCUCUCUUGAAGAAGCAGUGGCAGAACAUUGGACAGAUCUACAUCAAGAGUACCAUGGGACCUGCUAUGCAGAUCUACUUCUAG